CGGCUCAUUUCCAUUUCCCAUUUCCCUGGCCAAAAUUAACUCGCACACGAUAUCUUAGUACAAAAUUUCUCGUUAACACCACUAAGGUAUCGUAUAGGAGAAAGCAUAACAUUGAGUCGUGUGAAUUGAUAUACCAUAGUAAAUUAUAAACAACUAAGUAUGGUAAUAAGACCGGUGUUUCCUUCGUCUUAUCCGACGUUAGGAUUAAAACAAUUCACUCGAGAAGGGUAUGUAUUUGGACCUCAAAAGAUGAAUAUCAAUCAUCCAUUAUCAAGAGCUUCAACAGUAGCUGAAUUAGCAUUACAACAAGCAGAACAAAAGAAACUUCGUAGACAACAAAGACGGAACUUAUCGACUUAUUAUUAUCAAUUCCCAAAGAUUCCAAGACCAAAGAGAAAUGUAUUAUAUUAUUCAACUUGGUCAACUGGUGGAUCUAAAUUCCCAUCUAAACAAUUAAUGAAAUUACCUAAAUUAACUAUUUCAAGACGUCUGAUAUCUAAUGCCAAUCAACAAUUAAAGAAUCAAACUAAAAAGUUUCAUAAUCGAUUCUUUUCUGUAGAAGCAAGACAAAAGAGACAACAACAUAGAAGAUUUAUUAGAUGGUGGACUGUAACUUCUUUAACAAUUGUUUUAGGAGGUGUAGCAGCUAAAAUUAGUUAUGAAAGGUGGGAAGAUCAAAAUGAUGAAUUUGUUAAUCAAUAUCGAAUUAAACCUCAAUCUUGGCAUUUAUAUGCUUAUUCAACUUUACCAUUAAAAGCAAUUUCAAGAUUAUGGGGUCAAGUAAAUUCAAUUAAUUUACCAUUAUGGUUAAGAAGUCCAUCAUAUCGUCUUUAUUCAACUAUAUUUGGAGUUGAUUUAACUGAAAUGGAAGAACCAGAUCUUACAACUUAUAGUAAUCUUUCUGAAUUUUUUUAUAGAAAUUUAAAAGAUGGUGUUAGACCUUUAGCAAAUUCUGAUUUAGUUAGUCCGUCUGAUGGUAAAGUACUUAAAUUUGGUUUAAUUGAAAAUGGAGAAAUUGAACAAGUUAAAGGUAUGACAUAUUCUGUUGAUGCACUUUUAGGUAUUUCAACUCCUCGUUUAGCAGCUCCAACUCAUUCAUUAGAUUUUGAACAUGAUUAUGAUGAUUUAACAAUUAUGAAAAGAGAUGAAGAAUUUGCUAAAAUAAAUGGAAUUUCUUAUUCUGUUGAUGAUUUAGUUGGAGGUAAUACUGAAGAAACUUUUCAUUUAAAUAAUUUAGAUUAUAAAGAUGAUGAAGAUGGUACAGCUAGUGGAUCUAGAGCAUCAUUUUCAAAAGAAUUAACUGUAGCUAAAAGUUUAACUCAAAGUCCUAUUGAAACUUUAACUACAAGUAAUCAUAAACAAUUAUUUUUUACUGUUAUAUAUCUUGCCCCAGGAGAUUAUCAUCAUUUUCAUUCUCCAGUUAAUUGGGUUACAACAUUAAGACGUCAUUUUAUUGGAGAAUUGUUUUCAGUUGCUCCAUUUUUUCAAAAGACUUUACAAGGUUUAUUUGUAUUAAAUGAAAGAGUUGCACUUUUAGGUUAUUGGAAACAUGGAUUUUUUUCAAUGAUUCCUGUUGGUGCAACUAAUGUUGGUAGUAUUGUAGUUAAUUUUGAUAAGAAUUUAAAAACCAAUGAUAUUUAUGAACAUGAAGUUUAUCUGAGUUCUAAUUCUGUUAUUAAUGAAAAUACUCCAUUAUUAAAACAUAAUUCAUCAGAAGUUUCAAGUAUUUCAUUUGGAGCUGCUGAUGCAGAAAAGAAAAAGAAGAGAUUAAAAAAGAAUACUGUAUAUGAAGCCACCUAUACUAAAGCUAGUCGUCUUCUUGGAGGUUAUCCAUUAACUAAAGGUCAAGAAAUGGGAGGAUUCAAAUUAGGUUCAACUGUUGUACUUAUUUUUGAAGCCCCAGAUAACUUCAAGUUUGAUUUAGAACUUGGACAAAAAGUUAAAAUGGGUCAACAAUUAGGUCAUUUUGAAUAAUUAUAAUUAUAAGUACCUUUACAUUUACCUUUACCUUUACCUUUAUCUAUCUAUACCCCUAUAAUAUAUUCAUAUUAAUU